UAUAUUUCCACCGGUAUCCUCUGACGGUGUAAUAGAACGGUCUGGCCGAGGCAAGUAGAAGUGUCUAUGUCAAUUAUCGAGAUUAACAGACUCUGUAUCAUUUCGAAAUGGUGAAAAAGAAAGGGCAAAAGAGCACACAGAGUAAGAAAAAACUGGAUCUUGCAGCCGCGGUAGAGGCGGCUGAACAGGAAGAAGAGGAAACCGAUCUAUCUAAUUUGAACUUAAACGAUGAUGAUGACUCACUCGCUGCAUCAGCAGGAAAACGUAAAAAUGGAGAACCGAUUUCCACUGAAACUGGUACACGAGAUGAUGAAGAAGGAGAAUCUGUUCUCAUGAAUUAUAAUCCACCUGAAGAAGGUCCUACAUGCGCGGAUACAGAGGAUUCAGUAGAUGUACAACAACUAAGCAAGAAGGAGAAGAGAAAGCUUAAAAAGAAGGCAAAGUUUGAGAGUGAGACACAAGAAGUGGCAGGAUCCCAAUUUUCUGUAUCACAGCAAGAGUCUUCUGCUGCUAAAACUUCUCUUCUUGAAAAUGCUCUAGACAUCAAGGUGGAGAAGUUCAGUAUUUCUGCCCGCGGUAAAGAUCUCUUUGUUAAUGCAAAUCUUAACAUUACUGCUGGUCGGCGUUAUGGUUUAGUUGGACCAAAUGGUAUGGGAAAGACAACCCUCUUAACACAUAUUGCAGCCAGAAAGCUUGCUAUCCCAUCCAAUAUUGAUGUCCUACUCUGUGAACAAGAUGUUGAAGCCAGCGAGUCGCCUGCCUUUGAUGUGGUCCUAAAGGCAGACAAGAAAAGAUUGCAGCUUCUAGAGGAGGAGGCUCACCUUGUUGCUUUAAGUGAAAAUGGAGACGAAGCUGCUACAGAGAAACUAAAGGAGGUUUAUGUUGAAUUAGAAGCUAUUGGUGCAGCCUCUGCUGAAUCAAGGGUGCGAAGAAUCUUGGCUGGUCUGGGAUUUACGACUGAAAUGCAGCAGAGGCCUGUCAAUCAUUUCUCUGGAGGAUGGAGGAUGAGAGUGUCCCUAGCAAGAGCUCUCUUUAUGGAACCAACUCUUCUCAUGCUGGAUGAACCUACAAACCAUUUGGACUUGAAUGCUGUUAUUUGGUUAGACAACUACCUACAGAACUGGAAGAAGACUCUGUUAGUUGUGUCUCACGAUCAGUACUUUCUGGACAGUGUUUGUACUGAUAUCAUUCAUUUAGAUCAACAAAAACUUUACUAUUACAGAGGAAACUAUGACCAAUUCAAGAAGAUGUACGUACAAAAAGUUAAAGAACAGGAAAAAGCAUACAACAAACAGCAAAAGCAAAUCAAGGAUCUGAAGGCUUCUGGUCAAUCUAGAAAGCAAGCAGAGGAGAAAACAAAAGCAGCUCAAGGAAGAAAAAACAAGAAAGGGGGCAAGAAAGACAUGGAAGAGGAUGAUAUUGAACAGAUGGAACUUAUCAAAAAACCUAAGGAGUAUGUGGUGAAAUUCUCUUUUCCUUCACCACCACCUCUCAAUCCACCUAUCCUGGGAUUAAAAUCUGUGACGUUUGGAUAUUCCAAUCAACCAAAGUUGUUUAAUGAUCUGGAUUUUGGUAUUGACAUGAAGUCUAGAGUUGCUAUUGUUGGAAAUAAUGGAGUUGGUAAAAGUACAUUCUUGAAGCUUUUGAUUGGUGAACUUGAACCGGCAAAAGGUGAUAUUGUACGGAACCACAGGCUUCGCAUUGGAUCUUACAACCAGCAUUCUGCUGAUCAGCUGAGUAUGGAUGACUCUCCAGUAGAAUAUCUCCAGAGGAAAUAUGACCUUGAUUAUCAGACAGCAAGGAAACAUCUGGGAAGGUUUGGAUUAGUGAGUCAUGCACAUACCAUAAGAACCAAAGAUUUAUCAGGUGGUCAGAAGUCACGUGUGGCUUUCGCAGACUUGGCACUUAGUAACCCUGAUGUAAUUGUACUGGAUGAACCCACAAAUAACUUGGACAUAGAAUCCAUCGAUGCUCUUGCCGAUGCUAUUAAUGAGUUUACCGGAGGUGUUAUAUUGGUAAGUCACGAUGCUCGUCUGAUCCUGGAGACCUCUUGCCAACUCUGGGUGGUUGAAAAUCAGGAAAUUACUGAGGUCGAUGGCGAUUUUGAUGAUUACAGACAAGAAAUAUUAGAGAAACUUGGCGAGGAGGUGGUUGCCAAGUCUGCUUAAAUUAAUGAAACCCGAUUUAUUUAAGUUACGGACCGCUGGACAGAGAAAAGUUAGUCAUCAUAAGAGAGGAUUCAUAUUAGUGAUUAUUACUAUUAUCAUUAUCAUUAUUAUUAUUAUUGAAGUGAAGAGGGCAUUUCCAAUAAACAUUUCUCCGACAAUCGAUAACCGAGCUAUUCUCACUAACUAAUAAUCUGCAUAAACAAAUAUGAAAAAACCGUCAUAAAAAAUGCUGAAUCCUUUGGCUGUGAUAGCUGUAAGUAAUACUAGUAAUAAAAAAGGGUUGACUUUGUUUUAGGUUUAA